CAUGUUCUUGUGUUGCUGCCACUUAUACAACUUCUACAGACAGACAGUCUGUGCUCAGUCCUGUUCAGAUGCUAUGGCGUCGCAACCUUCCAGAGCCAGAUCGAUUUUUCCCAUGUAUACACUUCCUUCUUCGAAUAGUAGCAAGACGACUACCACCACCACCACGACCACCACCACGAGCAGCGCUCUCUUGCUCGAGGAAUACCCUGCGCCGGCGCUUGAGGGAGGAGACGGGCAAAAUAAUAAGACGAACAGCACCCCCGGGGAACAGGAAGACGGCGGUAUUCUGGACCAGUGUGGCACACUGCCCAUUCCCGGCUACGGCGAGACGCGACUGUUUCCCUUUCUCCUCAUCUGCGUGGGUGCGGUAUUGGUACUUGCGGGGCUGGGCGUGGCGGUUUGCAUAAACUUCGUGUGCGCUGCCGAAGUAGAGGAGGAGGUGGACCAAGUGUGGCAUCUCCCUCCAGAGGGGCACGGCUCUUCGAUUUUAUCCUGUGUGAAAGCUAUGUGUCAACAACGCUGGUCCUCCCACUUUUGCUCUAUUCGUACGACUACUUCAAGUAUAGAGUUUGAUGAUGCAUGGCAUGUAGUGUUGAGAGCGCGUAAGAGUGAUUUUAUGACGCUGGUUCCCGGCGUUCUCCCACUCGUGGGAAGACUAGACAGCAUGCGCAUGCUUUUUACACAGGAUAGUCCUCCAAGAACGCUUCUUACAAUCCCUACGGGUCCAAGACUGGCGCCGGUGCGACCAAUUUUAACAACCGGUCUCAGAACAACUACGCGUUGCAAAGUGAUCAAGUAAUGGGGGGGCACGCAGCUCCCGCACACGGGGGACCGCAGCGGCACCACCCGCCCGGCCACCCAGAAACAGCGCACAAGCUGAGUCCUUCCCACGCCCACCCGCACGCCAAGCGGGCCACGGCACACCACGGCAGGUCCACGUCUGCCCGGGCCACCGGGGCUACCCGGCAGGACACAGCGAACACCUUCGCCACACUUUCGUGGAAGGCUACGCCGGGCGGAGCUAGUACUGGAAAGGAAGGUAGCGCACCGGAGGGGAAAGGCACGGGGAAGCACGGAAAGAGAAAACACAAGGGUCUAUUAAACUGAAAAGUGCAACUACCCCGCAUUGAGACGAAGAAGCGCACUGCAAAUCAGCACGGAGCACACGGAAAGAAGGUUUUUGUCUUGAUGCAUGCCAUAGAUAAAGGGUGAAAAACGACGAUCGGUCCGAAUUUGGAUGACUGUGAAUCAGCAAGCAACCUCCUGUGCAGCUUCAAUGAAGCACAAACAGCUUCUGUACGGUGUCUGUGUGCAGUAAGCUGCAAUACAGAAGGUUUUCGUGACUUGUUUUGCGUUGGAACUUAGUUGUUCGUGUCGCGGAUUUUUAUACAUGAGAAAUGCUUUCUCACUCGGGGGCGGGGGCGCUUUUCAAUAUGAUAGGACGGCGCAGCAGCUGCGGGGACGCAUCAUCACCACCAUCGUGCAGGAGGGGGGUCCAAAAAGGCUUCAACCGUGUCACAAUGACCAAGAUAUAGAUGUCUUUUUUUGCGGAACUCGCAAUCAUGCCAGUGUUUCGUUUAGUAAGUAAUUUAUCCAAUCAUACAGAUAAACUGCAGCAGCUUUGUUGUCAAACACAAGCGAAGUUGAUGUAGUUUAUCUCUCCUUGUUACGCACUUGUGGCCUCAACCCUUUUCUGUUUUGGAGGUGGGAAGCAUGCGAGAACAAAUAUCAAAAAAUCUAUAUUUGAUUUGCCGUGAGUAAAACGAAGCAUGC